AUGAGCGAGACCUGCUGCGCAGCCUUUCUGCGACGUGUGGAAAAUGGUCGACGGACGCGCAUACGCACCGCCGCAGACGGCCCGCUGAACCCAGGGGAGGCUUUACAACGCUUGCGGGACGGCAACGAGCGAUUCGCUACAGGGCGAGCCAAGCAUGUGCCCACGAGCGCUGCAAUGAGACAAGAUCUCUUCGAUCAGGGCCAGUCGCCGCACUCCGCCAUUAUCGGCUGCGCAGACUCGAGAGCCCCCUUAGAGACCAUCUUUGACGCAAUGCCCGGAGACAUUUUCGCCCUGCGCAAUGCGGGCAACACUUGCACCCAUGCGGAGGGCAGCAUGGUCGGAAGCCUGGAGUUCUGCAGUGGUAUGCUGGGGACUCGGCUGAUUUUUGUGCUGGGACACACCAAGUGUGGCGCGGUUUACGGCGCGACCCAGGCAUAUUUCAACUCCCUGAAGGCAAAAAGCACUGGAGUCUCCUCAGCGCUGGAAGGCCUCCUUCAGGAUCUAGCUUCCGUGGCGGAGCAGGCUGCUGCGGACAUGGGCGCCAACACAGACCCUGAGGACGUGGCUUGCCAUGCUGUGCGGGUGAACGUUUUUCACACCAUCAAUUUCCUUCUCAAGUACAGCCACAUCAUCCGGGAGCGGGUGCUGAAUGAGCAGCUGGAAAUCCAGGGCGGCAUCUACAACUUGAGCACCGGCCGGGUGGAGUUCUUGGGCCGCUCCCCCGACCAGUCAGAGCUGCUGACCUCCAAGGUGGCCUUGCCUCCCUCCGUCACGGGCGUGAACCACCUGGCGGCACGCGGUUCCCAUGGCGUGCGUACGGCUGCUGAUGGUACGGUGUGCGCCAAGGACGCCCUGAGGCUGCUGGCAGAGGGCAACGAGCGAUUUGCCGUUGGCACUCCUCUGGCCCGCAGCGCCACUGCCAGCAUGCGCGAGGCCUUGGUGAACCACGGCCAGGCUCCUCAUACCGCCGUGAUGGGCUGUGCGGAUUCUCGCGCACCAUUGGAGACCAUCUUCGAUGCCAUGCCCGGGGACCUCUUUGUGCUCCGGAACGCCGGUAACACCUGCACCCAUGCAGAGGGUAGUAUGGUCGGCAGCCUGGAGUUCUGUGCCUCCAAGCUGGGCUCAAAAUUGAUCCUUGUCUUGGGCCACACUCAGUGUGGUGCCCUUGCCGGGGCAGUUCACACCCAUCUGAGUCAGAAGGACAAAGCUCGGACCGGCAAGCCGCCCAAUAGCGCACUGGCCGGGCUGUUGCAGGAGUUGUCAGGCGUUGCGCAGCAGGUGGAGGAAAGCCUGGGACCCCAGGCUGACACCAAGAUCUUCGUCGACCAUGCAAUCAAGGUGAAUGUGUUUCACUCCAUUGACUUCUUGCUCCGAUUCAGCCAGCCUCUUCGCGAGCUCGUGAAGACCGGUGGGCUGGAGAUCCAUGGGGGCAUCUAUCACCUUGAGAGCGGCCGAGUCGAGUUUUUGGGGCCUUCGCCGAAGCAGGCUGCACUCUUGGCUUCGGACAUCUCCCUGCCGCCCUCCAUGGCUUCGCUUCCCAUCCGAACAGCGUUGGAUGGGCCCACCAAGCCCGAGACUGCGCUACAGCUGCUGCGCGAGGGCAAUCAGCGCUUUGCUGUUGGUGCGCCCAUUUCUGGCAAGCUCAGCUCACAAAUGCGAAAGGCCCUGGUGAAGGACGGCCAGGCCCCCCACUCUGCUAUCAUUGGCUGUGCGGAUUCGCGGGCACCUUUGGAAACAGUCUUCGACGCCAUGCCCGGAGACAUCUUCGUGCUUCGCAAUGCUGGCAACACUUGCACCCAUGCCGAGGGUAGCAUCAUGGGGAGUCUGGAGUUCUCCAUCGGAGCCCUGAACACACAGCUCAUCCUCGUCCUGGGCCAUACGAGUUGCGGUGCCAUUCUGGGGGCCGCGAAGGCCUUUCUGCAGUCCAAGACGGCCGUGAAGACCAAGGUCAACAAGGCCCUCGAUGCGCUCCUUGAUGGCUUGAGCGUGGUGAUCUCGCAGGCUGCCGAAGAGCUCGGCUCCAACGCGAACGAAGAUAACAUUGUCAGCCAUGCUGUGAAGUUGAAUGUCUUCCAUACCAUUGAGUUCCUUCUUCAGAAGAGCGACCUUGUUCGCCAGAAGAUCGCGGACGGUGAGCUCGAGAUCCAGGGCGGCAUUUACGACCUGGAGAGUGGGCGCGUGGAGUUUUUGGGCCGGCAUCCCUUGCAUGCCACGUUUAUGGCCGAGAUCUCUGGAGAUGACAGGGAGCUGGGGGCUUGA